UGUACGACGGGCGAGGCUUUGGGCUGUCGGAACCGAACCACUGUGCUGAGGCUGCUCUUCCGCGGAAGUCCGGGCUCCGGCCCAGGGCCCCGGGCCAGGGGGGCCGGCCCCACCGGCGGCGCGUCUGCCGGGGCAUCCGGGAGCGGGCCGGGGCGGCCAUGGAGACGCCGGCGGGGCUGGAGCGCUGGGUGCAGGACGAGCUGCACUCGGUGCUGGGGCUGAGCGAGCGGCACGUGGCCCAGUUCCUCAUCGGGACCGCGCAGCGCUGCGCCUCGGCCGAGGCCUUCGUGCAGCGCCUCAGGGACACCGACACCCUCGACCUGAGCGGGCCGGCGCGCGACUUCGCGCUCAGGCUCUGGAGCAAGGUACCACGGAAGGUGGUAGUAGAAAAGCCAGCUCGGGCAGCUGAGCGAGAGGCCCGAGCUUUGCUGGAGAAGAAUCGAUCUUACAGGUUGCUGGAAGAUAGUGAGGAGAGUGGUGAAGAGACUAUAGGUAGGGCUGACAAUAGUCAGCAGAAGAAGCGGAAAAAGCGAAAACACCUCAGGAAGAAACAUCAGGAAGAGGAGGAAGAAGAGGAGGAAGAAGUCAGUGAGAAAAAGAAGAAGACAGGGGGGAAUGCUCAGCAGACAGAGAAGCCAGAGUCAGAGGAUGAGUGGGAGCGGACAGAGCGAGAGCGUCUCCAGGACUUGGAAGAACGGGAUGCUUUUGCUGAGCGAGUUCGGCAGCGUGACAAGGAUCGAACUCGCAAUGUCUUGGAGCGAUCAGACAAAAAGGCUUAUGAAGAAGCUCAGAAGCGCCUCAAAAUGGCUGAGGAAGACCGGAAAGCCAUGGUCCCUGAGCUGCGGAAGAAAUCUCGCCGAGAGUACCUGGCUAAGCGGGAGCGGGAGAAGCUUGAGGACCUGGAGGCCGAGCUGGCUGAUGAGGAAUUCCUUUUUGGGGAUGUGGAACUAAGCCGCCAUGAGCAGCGGGAGCUCAAAUACAAGAAGCGAGUACGGGAUCUGGCCCGGGAGUACCGUGCAGCAGGAGAGCAGGAGAAGCUGGAGGCGACAAAUCGCUACCACAUGCCGGAGGAGACUCGGGGACAGCCAGCACGAGCUGUGGAUCUCGUGGAGGAGGAGUCCGGCGCCCCUGGAGAGGAGCAGCGGCGCUGGGAGGAAGCCCGGCUGGGAGCUGCCUCCUUGAAGUUUGGGGCCCGAGAUGCUGCUGCCCAGGAGCCCAAAUAUCAGCUUGUGCUGGAGGAAGAGGAAACCAUCGAGUUUGUUCGGGCCACUCAGCUCCAGGGUGAUGAGGAACCGUCAGCUCCACCGGUCCCAACCCAGGCACAGCAGAAAGAGUCCAUUCAGGCUGUACGCCGCAGCCUCCCUGUGUUCCCCUUCCGUGAAGAGCUCCUGGCUGCCAUUGCUGAUCAUCAGGUCCUCAUUAUUGAGGGCGAGACCGGCUCUGGGAAGACCACCCAGAUCCCGCAGUAUCUCUUUGAGGAGGGUUAUACAAGAAAUGGUAUGAAAAUUGCCUGCACUCAACCCAGGAGAGUGGCAGCUAUGAGCGUGGCUGCCCGAGUGGCCCGGGAGAUGGGUGUGAAACUUGGGAAUGAGGUUGGCUACAGCAUUCGUUUUGAGGACUGCACGUCAGAGCGAACUGUUCUCCGCUACAUGACUGAUGGCAUGCUUCUCCGGGAGUUUCUCUCUGAGCCUGACCUUGCAAGUUACAGUGUGGUGAUGAUAGAUGAGGCUCAUGAACGGACUCUCCACACGGACAUUCUCUUUGGUCUGAUCAAGGAUGUUGCUCGCUUCCGACCUGAGCUCAAGGUCCUGGUGGCUUCUGCCACUUUGGACACUGCCCGUUUUUCCACUUUCUUUGAUGACGCCCCCGUCUUCCGAAUCCCUGGACGCAGGUUUCCAGUUGACAUCUUCUAUACUAAGGCCCCAGAGGCUGACUACCUGGAAGCCUGUGUAGUGUCUGUGCUCCAGAUCCAUGUUACCCAGCGCCCUGGGGACAUCCUGGUGUUCCUGACUGGACAGGAAGAGAUUGAGGCAGCCUGCGAGAUGCUCCAGGAUCGCUGCCGCCGCCUUGGAUCCAAAAUCCCUGAGCUCUUGGUGCUGCCUAUUUAUGCCAACCUGCCUUCUGACAUGCAAGCUCGAAUCUUCCAGCCCACUCCUCCUGGGGCUCGGAAGGUGGUUGUGGCAACAAACAUCGCAGAGACCUCUCUCACCAUCGAAGGCAUCAUUUACGUGCUGGAUCCAGGGUUCUGUAAGCAGAAGAGCUAUAACCCCCGCACAGGCAUGGAGUCGCUCACCGUCACACCCUGUAGCAAGGCCUCAGCCAAUCAGCGAGCUGGUCGGGCAGGUCGAGUGGCUGCUGGGAAGUGCUUCCGCCUCUAUACUGCUUGGGCAUAUCAACAUGAGCUGGAGGAGACCACUGUCCCUGAGAUCCAAAGAACCAGCCUGGGCAAUGUUGUGUUGCUGCUGAAGAGCUUAGGAAUCCAUGACCUUAUACAUUUUGAUUUCUUGGAUCCACCACCAUAUGAGACCUUGUUGCUGGCUCUGGAACAACUGUAUGCUUUAGGAGCCCUCAACCACCUUGGGGAGCUUACCACGUCUGGUCGAAAGAUGGCAGAGCUUCCUGUGGACCCCAUGCUAUCUAAAAUGAUCCUGGCCUCUGAGAAGUACAGCUGUUCAGAAGAGAUCCUGACGGUGGCUGCCAUGCUUUCUGUCAACAAUUCAAUCUUCUACAGGCCCAAGGACAAAGUUGUCCAUGCUGACAAUGCCCGUGUCAACUUUUUCCUUCCGGGUGGGGACCAUCUGGUUCUGCUUAAUGUUUAUACACAGUGGGCUGAGAGUGGUUACUCUUCUCAGUGGUGCUAUGAAAACUUCGUACAGUUCAGAUCAAUGCGCCGAGCGCGGGAUGUACGCGAACAGUUGGAAGGACUUUUGGAACGUGUGGAAGUCAGUCUCAGUUCCUGCCAGGGGGACUAUAUACGUGUACGCAAGGCCAUCACUGCUGGUUACUUUUACCACACAGCAAGGUUAACACGCAGCGGCUAUCGAACAGUGAAACAGCAGCAGACAGUGUUCAUUCAUCCCAACUCAUCUCUCUUUGAGGAAAUGCCACGCUGGCUGCUCUACCAUGAACUUGUCUUGACUACCAAGGAGUUCAUGAGACAGGUACUGGAGAUUGAGAGCAGUUGGCUUCUGGAAGUUGCUCCCCACUAUUAUAAGGCCAAGGAACUAGAAGAUCCCCAUGCUAAGAAGAUGCCUAAAAAAUUAGGCAAGACACGAGAAGAGCUAGGAUAAAAAGAAAAGGACAUAAAGGGGGCCAGAGCAGUGGUAUGUAGUGG